AUGGACCCACGUCGAAGAACACUCGCCAGCACUGAACCUCAAGCUUCUUCUCAUAUUCCUGUCCCAUCAUCAGCUUUGAAACGUCAAGUUCCACAAACUAUCAACCGAGACCCAAACACUCGCUACUCCUUAGCACCUCAGCGUUCUACUAAUAGUCUCCAGAGCAGCCGACAAUCUUACUUGCCAAGCAACUCACAGCCCAAGUACUCUCAAAACUCGGACGCGCCCUUCAAUUCAUCCCAAACUUCCAACCACCAACGUUCGAAUUCUCAGCAAAAUGACCCGCGACGGUCGUCGAUUUAUCAGGCUCCAUAUAAUGCAUUACGACAAAGUACAAGUACCGGAAAUCUACCUAAUGCCACCAGGAUGCCUGCCUCUGCAAGUAGACCAGAUCAUGCUCAUCUUCGAUACAGUAACAUGAACGAUUUUGCUUCAAAUGCUACACUUCAUUACCCUGUCACACCUGGUUCGAACAUCAACAGAUCCAACUUUCAAAACUCAAUUCAACGUAGCUCAUCAGCUGGCAUGAUGUUUCCUCCUCACAAUCAACCUAAUGCACCAAUUUUUGGUACACCAGUAUUUGGCAAAGAUCCGAGACCGAGAGAUAAGAAGACUAUCGCAGCUUGGCAACAGGAUGUUUAUGAUUUUUUAAUCGAAAGAGGAUAUACAACCAUAACAAUCAAAGCACUCCAAACUCCUACCAAUAAAGACUUUCAAAACAUUUUAAAGUAUCUAGUCCAGUGCUCUGAUCCAGGGCACCGUUGGGGUGUGAAUGGAAAGAAAUUUGAAGAUGAAGUGAUACCUCUUUUAAAACAAAUGGGGUAUGUUGCUGUUGAUACGAUCACUAAGAGUGGAUUACAAGCUGCUGGUAGUAUGCAUACUUGGCCAACGAUGCUAGCUAUGUUACACUGGAUUGUGAUGACCAUCAAGCUUCGCGAAGAAGCAAUGAUGAAUCCACAUGUUUGUCUAGAUCCAAACAGCGAGCCAUCCUCGCAAGACCCGCAUUGUCAAGCCAUGGCAACGACUAGUCGUUGGUUAGAGUACCUUGGUCGUACAUACCCUUCAUUCCUCCAGACUGAUGACUAUGAUAGGGAGCUUCAUAAACCACCACUUGAGGACUUUUAUCAGAGACAAAGGGAUGCGCUCUUAUCAGAAAUUGAACAACUAGAGUCAUUGGCAGCGAUGGAAGAGGCUGAGUCAUUGGCAGCGAUGGAAGAGGCUGAGACAGCACGCAAGAAAGCACGACCUUCUCCAUUAGAAGCAUCACAAAAAGAGCAUGCCAAGCUGGCCCGAGAUGCUGAAGGAUUUUCAACUUAUAUCAGUAAAAUGAAGGAUCAAAUUGUGAAAUCUGAGAAACAAAACGAGGCAUUACAGAAGAGUUUGGGAUCGACAGAACUCAAGUUAAAAGAUCUCUCACACAAGAAAGCUGAUUUACUGGUAAAGGUCGAGAAACAAAACAUCAGUGAUGCCGAACUACAACAGAUCUCGUCCACUCGAGUGCAACUAGAAAGAUCGGCAGCAGCAGCAGCCACGAAACAUCUACAAUUAACAGAAGCGAUGAUGGAUUUGGAAAUCAAAUCAUCACAAGCAUCAGAUCGCUUAGAGAAGCUAAUCACGAGCUAUCAGAACAAAGCUGUUAAGCUUGGAUUAAUACCUCGAGCACCUGAACCAUUUGACGAGAUUGACUUUAGUCAAAGUGUGAAUGGAGGAUCUGAUCAAUUACCCGACCCCACGAUCGAGAUCAAACCUGCUUUGGUUCAACUAAAGAAGAAUGCGAUUGACAGUCGUUUAGGACUAAGUGAUCAAGUUUUGUCUAUGGAAGAAAAACUUUUGAAUGUUAAUGAAACUGAACAGGAGAAGAGAGAAGGUUUACAGGUUUUGGAGAUGUCUGUUCAAGAACUCACUAAACAACUUGAAGAAGAUAAAGAGAAAUUUUCUUUGGAGAUGAGCAUGAUGAACGAACAAACCGACUCGCUUUUACGUAGGAUUCAUGAAUUACAAAGUGUAAGAGAAAACAAUCAAUUGACUUUGAAACAUGAAGUAGAAGCAUUGAGAGUCAGGCACAGUGAAACUAAAAGAAGAAUAGCACAAUUAACCAAAGAAAAUGUAGAUGAGAUGAAUUCUACUUUGGGAGUGAUUUUAAGACAUAAAGAAUCGAUUGGAGAAAAGACUAGGAUGUUGAAAUCCUUGGCUGAUUCAAUGGGAGAUUCGAAUCUGAUGAGUGAACUUUAAGAAAUAUAACUUGUGAAUCGAACCUAUUCUUUUUUUGUAUCUUUCGCUUCUUAAGACAGUUUUUUUAUUUAGGUUUGGGAAUGAGAUGUUAAGAAUUUCUGUAUUCCU